AGAGAGAGAGAGAGUGAAUGAGAUUACAAUAUACGAAUUUCAUCAAUAAUCAUAAUAAUAAAAAUAUAAAAUAAAUUAUAUAUAUAUAUAUAUGCAUAUGGGACGAGGUUUUUCUAUUUACUGCAUAUUUUUACUUCAUACUAGUCAGUUAUUGUGCGCGUAGACAGGCAGUCAAUGUUUUUUCUUGUUUUUUUAUUUUGUGUGAUUAAAUAACACCAUUUACAUUAGAAUACAUGUAAAUGUGAACAUCAUAUUCACAACAAAACUUUUGUUUAAUUCAAUAUUAUUAUUAUUAUUGUUAUAUACAUGCAUAUACACGGAGAGAUAAGUGCAUUUGUCUUAUAACCAACCUAAAAAUCUUAUUAUCAUUAUCAUUAUUAUUUCUAUUAAUGGAAAUGUCUAUCAAACCAAAGUCUUUGUUUCACUAACUAUACAAAUAUACACGGCCUAAUUAUCUAAUCACAAUAAGCCUUUCUACAGUACAACUAGUGUAUACAUACACGUAUUUAAUAUCGGAUAUAUUGAUCAAUGGAAGCAUUAUUUUAUACAGUAUACAAAAUUUACUAUCAAGUAAUGAAUUCCAAAGAAUAAACAAGUUGAAAAAUUGAUCGUUUAUUUCUCUGGUGAUAAAAUUCAGUGACUUUCAGCAAUGUCAUCUGAAACAAAUGGAUCUAUUUUUCCUAUGAGUGGUACUGACACAAAUGCACCGAACGAUAACAACAAAUGUGGAUUAUUCGAAUUACAAUUCCUAUCUCAUCCACAUUCAAAUCAAAACUCAUCAUAUACUAAUCCAACUUUGUCUUACCUUAAUAGCCUCAACUGUUGGCCUCAGAAAACAUUCCCCAGUACUUCACAAAGCACAAAUUUUAUGCCUACAACAUAUCUUGAUGAACAAUUAAAACUUCAACAACUACAAAUGCAGCUUUUACAAUUAGAGCAGAAUGGUAAAGAUCAACAGAAUACUACUACAAAGGAACAUCGUAAUAUAGGAAGUAAAGUGGGAUGUUUAAACAGCACCAGUGUUAAUGCUCUUGAUGUCAAUGUUCUCAGUUGUUUGCAGAACACUCAUCUAUGGAAUAAUUUAAGAAUGCUUGAUCACAAUAAUCCAUCACUCAAAGUAGAUUCUCCUUAUCAAAAUACUUCUGAAGCAUUAAGCCUACAGGACAUGCAACAGUUGGCAUUCUUGAAUCAAAUAUAUAGUCAGGUAGAUACUGGACAAUCACAACCAUUUAGUCCUACAACGGGAUUUCAUCCUAAUGUAGAAACUGCCGAAGUUCAUGGUUCCAGAAACCAUUCUGCAUCUAUGGCUUCACUUCAAGGUAUCCCUUUAACAGGUGUAAGUUCUGAACAGAAUCGAUCUGUUAAUUUUGCAAACAAUGAAAAUGCAUUUUUAGCUGGACAGCUUUUCAGUAAUCUCUGUGCACUUCACAAUGAUAGUCAAAAACAAAGAGAAGCUAUCUCAUUUUUUCGAGAUAGUUUAUCUGAAUCCUUGAGAUAUACAAAUUUAUUAAGCAACAACGGUACUACACAUCCUGUUAAUGAAUUUCUCUCCUCUUCUGGAUCCUCUAAUACACUUCUACCCAACACAUCCAUCCCUGAGUCAAAUAAUACCACAACGGCAGCUGAUACAGUGAAUAACUCUUUCGGAAGUAGUUUGGCCUACUCUCAAGCCCUAAUGAUGGUCAUGAACGCUAUGUACAGUAAUUACAAAACUAUCCAAACACCAGAUCAACCCCCAUCAACUUUCCCAACACAAAAUGAUUUAACAACUAGUAAUGGACUUAAUUUAAUACAGCGUGGUUCAAUCAAUUAUCCGAGCCAACAACCAAUUAGUACAACUUCCACACCACCUAUCGGCCCAAAUGUUGAACCUAAAGAGUCAUUCAAUGAUGUUCUGACAUUUUUAAGUAAAUGUUUGAAUAAGCCUACAAAUCCUUAUGAUAAACGUCAGAAAAAUUUGUUUACUAAUCAGCAACCUCCAGUGACAAGUUCUAUAGGCACAAAACCUUCCUCUACUACCACUCCAAAACUAUCUGGACGACAAAAAGCAAGUAAUAGCAAUCACCAAAUAAAUCAGUGUAAUUCAUCCACAACACCUCAUCGUGGUAGAGGUAGACCACCGAAAUUGGCUGGUGUACAGUGUCAGGUGACUAGCAGACAACAAACGCCGCAACCCAAGCAAAGUCAUUCGGUCAAUAAUACUGGUGAAAAACACCUACAGGUCAAUACUCAAGCCGUAGUAGGAGUUUCACCAGGUGUUAAGCCAAAUAUAGACCAGAAUUGUACUCAGUCAAAAGCAGAGAUUUCUGCAUCAAGUUCAAAAAUAAAGCCUUUCACUUGCAAUGCUGUAACCGGUGAAUCGCGUGAGCCGCUAGACUUCAGUGUAGCUGAAAUAAAGAAUGACUUCAUUAAAUCUCAAGAACAAAAGUCUUUCGAAUCUAUAAAUGGCAGAAAUGAAUGUAGCAUUGAAGAAACCAUAGAUGAAGUUUUAAAAAAUAUUGACAAUUGCAAUGGAGAUCUCGUGAAUUUAGCCAACCGCUUAGCCUAUACUGCUCUAGGAAUUAGACCAGAUGAAGGUUACCGACGAGGAAAUAGUGAAGUUGUUAAGAGCAGUCAAUCUUCAGCAAAUAUGCCAACACAUUUAGAAUUUACUUCAUCAGCUAAAAACAGUGAAAUGCUACAGUGCGCUAAACACUCGAACUUACAAACACCAAUUUCUUCUGAUUCUAAUGUUGGACACCAUGGUACACUGGAGAAAGUAGCUCACCUGGAUCCGCAUAGACGAGGUGUAUGUGCCUCCAAUAACCCUCAUGAUAGGGUACCUGAAAUACCAAUUGACUGUUUUAGUCAGACCUUUUUAUCUGAAUCGAAGUAUGCCAAGAGUUGUACGUCAUCCACUCCGAGUAGUUUGAAUACGUUUAUUGACCCAAAAGGAGUAAAAUCUACUUAUGGUGUAGAUUUGCCUUCAGUUUACGCAACAAAGAAACAAAACAAUUCAUCAAUAAAUGCAUCACAUCAUUCUUUCACCUCGAGUAAUUCUUCUUCUUUGCAACCUGACCAACAAAUGAAUAUGCCUCCUUCUCAUAGUUGUCAAGCUUUCAGUAAAGAAAAUGUAUGUACAAGCACUACAGAUCAUCAAGGAUCACAUUUACACCAUCAACUUGCAAAUGAACAAACAAUUAAUUCAUCUUAUCCCAAUAAUAUUUGGCCAACUCUUAUUCCUAAUAUUUCAAACUCUGUACAACAACAAAACUUACUGGAAAAAGAAUAUCUAAAGACAUUUUUCAUUGAAUUUGUUAAACAACAAGAAGCUAUGGAAAAAGAGAAAGCUGAUUUGAUCAUCAAGGAAAAGAAACAGUUACAAGAAAAAAAAAUCCUUGAACUGAUUGAACAAGAAUUAAGAAAACCAGUGGAAGAUUUACGUUUAAUUGACUUGAAGCCACUACCACAACUGAAUUCAAUUCCAGGAAACAAAAUGUCUGGAAAAAUGUUUGGAAAUUGUUUAAUGGUUGUUGAAUUUCUGCACGCAUUCAAAGAUAUUUUAUGCCUAGAUACAGAGGCAAUACCAAACUUAGGAGAAUUACAGUCUGCACUUAUUGAUCGUGAUGUACAAUGUCAACGAGUUCUUGUUCAUUUGUUAAUUGAACUGUUGAGACUUGCUAUUUGUGAUCCUGGAUUGCCUAAUUCGCGACUAGUUACCCAAUUACUUGGUCAGAGAUUAAGUGAGACUGAAUUAGAUGAGCAUAAUGUCAGUGGUAUUCUUCGAGCAUUUAUCAUUGGACGGAAUGGUUAUGAAGAUGAUAUGUCUAACUGGUUACUUCCACCGACACAGUUUGUCCAGCUACCAGGUGAUCGUCAGGCUGCUUUGUUAGCUUUCAUCUGUGAUGAAUUGAUCUGUUCAAGUCGUCUUAUAUCUACAGAAGUUGACAGGACUAUUGAACAACAAUUAUUGUUGAAACGAGAAAAGUUGACCAUUGAGUCAAGAAUACGAAGAUUGCGUUUAUUAAUUGCUCAAAAAUCAAUAACUCCUGGAACUUCAACAUUGGAAUAUGAAAGAGGAGGAGUUGGAAAAUCUAAUUCAAUAUCAUCUGAUUCUUAUGGUGGGAUGAAGCCCACCCAGACAAGUCACUCAGAAAUAGAUCAAGUAUCUCUGAAAUAUUAUCCUAAACCACCAACUAGAUCCAGUCCAGAAGUUGAAUCAGUUAGUGUAGAUCAGAAAAUUCAAAAACAUGACGUUACAAUGAAACAAAUUGCUUUGGAUGAUGAUGUAGCCAUUCAUUCAAAUACUGAUUCAAAAGUAUCUAUGAAUGAAGGCACAUUAACAGAACAGCAUACUGAUGAGAAAAUUUCAUCAAUAAAGUCCAACAAUUCAGUUCCUGUUUCAACACCUCCAAUUGUAGCAUCUGGUCUACUUAUAGAGGAUGAAGAUGAUAUGUGCAAAAUAAGUGAACUUGAGGCUAAACUUGAAACACUGAUCAGCAUGUUGGAACAGAAACAAAAAGAAGUCGAUGAAGCUUCUACUAGAUUGUCUGGUAUUUUUCUUGGUCAAGAUAGAUACUAUCGUAAUUAUUAUUCUUUGAAACAUAUGGGUGGUAUUUAUAUUGAAUGUGAACCAUUCAGUAGGAUCCAGUCGGGAAGUGAAUGUUAUUCUAAUUCGUUACAAACUAAGAUGGAUGAAAAUUUUGUAGAAGACAAUUGGAGUGAUCUUCCUGACUCUCAUCCUGAUUAUAUUGUAGGUCAGAUUAAAGCACGACAUGCACUUGCUGCUCAACAGCAUCAGCUGAAAUUAACCGGCUGUAUAACUAGUACACACCAAUAUUCACAAGCUCAUAGCCUUCAGUGUGCAAAUAAAUCUUCGUUAAAUGUAGAAAAUGUACAGCAAUCUGACAAAUCAUGUACAAAUAACUCACAUGAAAUUGAACAAUCUGAUAGCAAUUCUGAAACAGUCUUGAAGCACACACAAACAACAGAUUGUGAUAAUUCGAAAAAUACAAGUGAAUCAGAAAAUGAAGAUAAAGAAGUUAGUGCUGAAUCUCUGAACAACACUGACGAGGUUAUGUUUGAUGUGAAGAAUGUAGUGAAACAUUCUAAUGAAUAUGAUAAUAGCACUAAAAAUACAACUCAAGAUGAUUCAUCAAUCUCCCCAUGUUUGUCGUCUAAUGAUUAUUUUACCAGUGUUACUUCAGAAAUUCGGACAAUCGACAGUGAAGUAGAAAAAUCGUUACCUAAUAAAGAAGAUCCAGACAUUAUUCAAGCUAAAUAUCCUGCAGCACAGGAAGCCUGUGAUGUUUUGCAUCAGAAUGAUGCCAACUCUCAAUCAGCUGUAAGUCUUACGAAUGAAAAUGAUGAGCACUUGGAAUCGAGUAAUGAGUGUGGUUUACAAAAUGUCAGUGCUGUGAAAGGUAAUGAUCAAGAAAAUCAAGAGUCUGACACAAAACCUGAAUUAUCUUUGGAAGUUAUUAAUAAUUUGUCAGAAGACAUCACUGAAACGAAUAAAAUAGACAGUAGCAAAAGUGAAAAAGAGCUUGGAGCUAAAAUACCAACAGUUGAAUACAACGUUGAUAGUGUAACUGAUAUGAAAUCUAAUAGUGUCUGCGAUGCCAAACCAAGCAUUGAACAUCAACAGGAACAAGAAACCGUCUGUAGUUCUGAACCGCUAAUCGGCAAUACCAUUAGUAAUCAAAAAGUGAGUGAAGCAGAGAAGUGUGAAAAUCCUAAAGGAUUAGUUGAUUCUACAGUUGAAGAUAAAACAUUGAUUUCGACACAGCCUUUAGACUUAUCAAACAAAUCUUUCCGCUCAAAACAGCUUACAAGUGAAUCUAUAAAUACAGAAACACAGUUCGGCACUGGAAUUAAUCAUACAUGGUUGUCUGGUGAACUUGAUGAUUCAACAUUGACCAAAAGCAUAAUUUUAUUUAUGAACUACACAGGAAUAAUGCCAGCCACAGUUAAUAAUCAAAUUUGUUCUGAUACGUGGAUUUAUGUAAUGAAUUAUUGUAAGCUACUACUUAGCUCUGCCCUUUCUGAUGAAUUCGAAUGUGCUAAAAAUAAAAAUUCAGAUCAAACAACAUAUUCGAAUUCACCACUUACAGAAGCUGUAAUGAAAAUAAAACGUUUAAUUCCAGAUGAAGCGAAAAGUGAACUGGAUAACACUGAGAAGAUAACCAGUGAAGGGGAAAAUAUUCAUUCACCAACAGGUAAUUCACUUCCUGAUAUGGAUAUAUCAGAUUAUGUGAAUAAAGAAUUAGAAGUGAGGAGAAUUCAAACAGUUACUGAAGACUUAUCAUGUAUUAAAUCGAAAAGCGAAUCUACCUGGUUUCAGCUAGUGGAUAGAAACAAAUUAAAAGAGUUUUUAAAUGCUCUUACAUUACGUGGAGUUCGAGAGAAACAGUUAGCCAAGUGUAUUCGACGUUCAAAGGAUUCUGUCGAGUUAUCCAUGCAGUUAGCCUUAAAACAAAAUUCUGAAUACAAUUUUGAUAAACACAUACCUACUGCCAAGUUGAAUGCACGACUUUUCCGAAUCCGUUUACAUCGCCGUAGACGAAAACGAGGCAUGGGAUCUGUAAAUAAUCGCACUGUAGGUCGAAACUGGGAUUGUUUCUCUGGAAAUGGUUCCAACUGUUCUAUAUCAACAGCGUCGUGGGAAACAAAUAACUCACAUGAUAUGAAAGAGACAGAGUAUCCUCAUUCAACUCUGCCUUGUUCUGAUGCCAUGUGUUCUAGUGAUGAAUGUUCCAGUGAAUCAAACUGUGGUUUAACAGUUUAUUCUAGACGCAGUGCUAUGGAUGCCUCUCAUAUAUAUUGUAAUUAUCCAGCCAAAUCACCGUUCGAUCCGGCUGAUGUCACCAGUUUCAAAUACAAAGGUGCUGAUGAAAAGAGACGGAAGAAAGAAGAUACAUUCGCUGAUAAACAUUGCACUUUUAUGAGUGAAUGUCAGUUACUGCAUGAAGUAGAAGCUCUUGAGGACAGAGUGUUGUAUGCCAAUUUACAGAUCAAAGGAUGGAAGCCCCCUACCAAGACAUCUGAAGAUCAAACCAUCUCUCUUAUACCUCGUUCAGCAGCAGUUAAGAAAUCUCGAUUCGAAUACUCACCACUUGAUCUUGCACGUAAUCGUUUGCUGGAUAUUGAACAACAUCUGGAGCGUCGUUACCUACUCCCACCACUUAACACUGAAAUUCAGCUGGAUAUUGUCCCUGAAGCUGAUACCAAUGAGGUUGUCUCUUCGUUGAAUAGAAGUGACAGCGUCACAGAAUCUGUAGAUACUUUGAUUGAAACUGAAGACGACUGUAAUGAUACAAAGUCUAACAAAGGUGUAUCUAAUAAUGGAGUAUCUGAAGAAGACAGUAACAUCUCUAAACCACAUCAUUUACCACAGAUCCGUCGUGUUAUCAACAAACAACCUAAUCUAAAUGAUGAAAAUGAUAGCAGUACUAAUCAUAAGACACAAACUCCUACUAAUCAACCAAGUGAUUUAAACCUCAUAUCUAAUUCACCUAAUGAUAAAAUCCUUCCUCCAGGACUUAUCAGAUGGCGUAGUAAAUUAAGUCAAGCAUUUGAUGUUAUUACAAUGCGUCAUUGCAUGGAAGAAUUAGUUCAAGCAAUUGCAUGGGAUAAAUCAAUUAUGAAAGUACUUUGUCAAAUAUGCAGACGUGAUAAUAAUGAGGCUUGUUUAUUAUUGUGCGAUGGAUGUGAUCGUGGUUAUCAUACAUACUGUUUUCGACCACAACUCUCAAACAUACCAUCUGGUGAUUGGUUCUGUUAUGAUUGUGUCUCAAAAGCAACGUCAAAACGCUUAUGUUAUAUUUGUGGUGGAUGUGAGGAAGUAAAUAACACUGUCCAAUCAACAGAUAGUCAUUCACAGUCAAACAAUAAUAUUAAAAGAAUGGCUAUUUGUUAUCAUUGUUCAAGAGCUGUACAUAACACUUGUGCUAGGCCAACAUUUGUACGUAUACCAAAGAAAUGGUAUUGUUCAAAUUGUAUUUUCUUAAAAUAUUCAAAAUCAAAUAAUGAAAAUUCUGACAUAUCAGUUGAAAAAUCUCGCAGAAAACGUAAAGAACAUGGAGAUGCAACAGAAGAGACGGAUACAAACAGUAAUCAAAGGAUUAAGAAACGCAAAAUGUACUCACGUAGCAACAGUACUACAUUUGAUGCAUCAGAAGAAACAGCUUUUGGGAUAUGUGGAACAUCAAGUCAAAUCGACACUGGACCACAAAAUCAGAGCAGAAAUAGAAAACAUCGAGGAUGGUGGAAAAAAAUCCAUAAAUAUGGGAAACAUAAUGAUACAUUGAAUAGUGUAAAUAUUCCCAUUACUACAACAUCUAAAGUACUAAAAUAUAGAUCUAGACAUCAACGUGAUAUUGAGGAUAAAAAACUAAAGACACUGAAUUACCAUAGAGGCAUAACGGAUUGUUUAUUGUCUAGAAAACGUGGUAGAAAACCAAAUUAUCAUUCGAAUGCAUUACCUACAAAACCUAAGCGUCAUUAUCAUCGUCGAUCUGCCUUAUUAAUUCCUAAAAUAUCCGACUAUCAAGAAAAUCGUCGACGUCAUUGUAGUAGUAGCAGUCCUAGUUCAUGCGAUAAUAACACCAAUAAUGAUGGGAAUUUUUUAAACACUAAUUUAGAUGAAUCAGGAUGUUCCACCAAUCAAAUUACUCAUCAAAUGACAUCUAAUGAACUUGAAUGGUGUCGACGAGCAACUGACGAUUUAUUAAAUCAUGAAGCUUCAUGGGCGUUUCGUAAACCCGUCAAUUCUAAACAAGUGCCAAUUUAUCGAAAAAUAAUCAAGCAUCCAAUGGAUUUGUCGACAAUAAGGAAAAAAGUACAAGAUCCUGAAGCUUAUGCUUCAUUUGAUCACUGGGUUCACGAUGUCCGUCUUAUGUUUUCUAACUGUGAAGUUUUCAAUGAAGAUGACUCCGAAAUCGGACGAGCUGGGCAUACAAUGCGAGCUUAUUUUGAAUCUCAUUGGUCUAAAUUUGUUGAAAAUUUCAAUUCAGAUAAACAGGAGGAAAGUGAUGUCAAAUUAGAAAACGAUCAAGUGAUUGUCGACGGUGUAACUGAAGAACCACUGAUAAGUUGCGAAGACGCAACAGAAACAGAACAACUUCAUAAUUCAUCUGUACAGAUUGGAAACAAUCACGAUAGCCCAAGCAUGAAAUAAUUUAAUUAUCCUGUUGAAAGGAUUUUGAUUUACACUCUCAAAAUGUGAUUAUCUAUCAUAUCUGAAAUGUCAUAUAAAGUUUAUAAUUGUUUUUUUAAAUACUAGUCUAACUGAAACUUAGUUAACUUUGAGUUUACAAUUUCAUAUUCUAGAACUUUCCGAUCGGUGUGUUAAAAUUUUUAGUCAGUAUAAUCCUACAUAAUCUUCAGUUAACUUCUGCCCUCGUAUAUCCCCUCCCGUUGAUCAUGUUCAAAAGUUAAAAUACAUUUCUGUUGUUCAUUAUGCAACAUGGUUAUGUGUCUUAUUUAUAAUAAGUAAAUCAAAUUUUUGUGUAAUGUGAUACAGAUUAGAUCACAUACAUCUGGGGAAAGUAGUCUACAUAACUUUUUAUUUAUGCAUAUUUAUGUAACUCUGAAUAAAUUAAAUCAUCCCACGGGAUCACUUUUCAUCAGAUGCGUCCUCUACGGUACUACUUUAUAGGCCGGUAGAAUUUGUAAACUAUGAACCAUUUAUAUACAUAUUCAAUUUUCAGUGUUUCGGCUAUCUUCUUUCCAUGCACACACCUCUAUCUACUCAGUGCUUAUUGUACAUAAACUUUAUUUAUAUUUUGAGACAAUAAAAGGUUUUCUUAAAAGUAUGAUGUUCCUUUUGUUUUGAAGUGUUCAAUUAAUUCUCCCAGGUUUCAACAUACUUUACAACUAGUAAGCUGAAAGAUAACUAAAGACAUGGUGUACCGUAGAAACGAAAUUCGAGACAGCUUAUACUUAUAUUCAAUUGUUCAUUCAUGUUUUCAUAACAAAAUACGAAUAUCUUGUUGUCUGCUUUUACUUUCGAAAUAAUUCAUACCUUUUAGGAUGUUGGCGCUUAUUGCGAAAGCAUCGAAGAUAUUUUUGAUUUCACGCCUGAUUUAUUUGUUAGGUGACGCUCCAAUUAUUCGGU